CAGCGUUUCGAUUUUCAAACUGGGUCAAUGUAUGGACAAAACUAUCGCGGAGAAAAUUCAGAAAACAAAGGAAACGGGAAAAUGAAUUUCAAAUCAAGAUUUUUUAUUUUAUUUCUUUUCUCUAAUAUUUUUGGCAACGCGGCAGCUCGGUCCAAGAGCGGAAAAAUGCCCGUGCAGCCGAUAAAGCUGUACUACUUGCCUCCGUCACCGCCUUGUCGUGCUGUUAUGAUGACGGCCAGAGUAUUGGAAUUAGACCUGCACCUUAUCACCACUAAUAUCAUGAACGGGGAGCACAUGACACCGGAAUACCUCAAGAUGAAUCCUCAGCACACAAUCCCGACUAUGGAUGACAACGGAUUCAUUCUUUGGGAAAGUCGGGCUAUUCAAACCUAUCUGGUCAAUGCAUACGGCAAAGACGAUUCUCUUUAUCCCAAGAAUCCUCGCCAACGUGCCAUUAUCGACCAGCGGUUGAAUUUUGAUCUUGGCACUUUGUACCUGAGAUAUCUUAAUUUAUACACACCUAUCCUGUUUCGAGGGGAAGCUUACGAUCAGGAGAAAGCCGACAAAUUCGACGAAGCACUAGGUUGGUUGAACACGUUCCUGGACGGUCGUCCCUUCGUAGCCGGAGAAAACAUGACUGUGGCGGAUAUCACUAUUGUUGUUACAAUCACUAAUAUCGAUGCAUUUGGUUACGACUUCAGCAGCCACGAAAAUAUUGCCAAAUGGUUCGAGAGAACAAAGAAAAUGCUGGAGCCCUACGGCUAUGACGAAAUCGACGUGACCGGAGCAAAAAUGCUGGCUUCUUUCUUGAAGAAGGAAUAAUUAUAAAAAAAUUAAAUAUCAGACAAAAGCACAUUUAUGUAUCAU